AUGAAAAUAUUUCAGACCAACGUUGACAAUUUUAAUUUAAAUAUAUGUGAACAAAAUGAAAAUAUAAUUUUAAAAAAAAAGGAAAUUCAAGAAAAUAUAAAUGCAACAUGUGGUCAUGUAGAAGAUUUAAAAAAUGACAUUCAGAAAAACGAAGAUCCUUGUUAUAAUGAUAAUAAUACAUGCUUUGAUGAUGAUAUAUUUUUAAGGAGCAGGAAAUCUGUUCCUUCUGCUUUCUCACAUAAAAUAAGUGUUGACGAUAUGGAUAAAAAAAAAGUUCCCGAACAAAAUGACGUGGAUAAUAAAAAUGAUAUUAAACGUGACAAUAAUAAUAAUUAUAGUAAUGAUAAUAAUUAUAGUAAUAAUAAUAAUUAUAGUAAUAAUAAUAAUUAUAGUAAUAAUAAUAAUUAUAGUAAUGAUGAUAUAUCCAUGUCUCCCAAAAAGAAAAAGGCUAAAUAUGACAACUCCGGUAAGGAUAAAAACGAAGAUGAUAAUUGUAAUAAUUGUAAUAGUUGUAAUAAUUGUGAUGAUGGUAAUGAUAGUUGUAAUGAUAAUUCACAUCAUAAUCCUAAUAAUGUUAACCGCUUAAGAGAAGAAAUAAAAAAAGAAUUGUUUAACAAACUGAAUAUUAUUUUAGAUGUUAAUAUGAAUAUGAAUACUGAUGAAGAAUAUUAUAUGAAAUUUUUAAAAAAGAAAAAAUUCAGAAACUAUAUUAUGAAUACUUCGAAAUUUAUUAUCAUCCUAGGAAAGUAUUUACAACUUUCAUUUUGUACCAUAUGUAUUGCAUUAUAUUAUAUGAAUAAAUAUAAUCAGAAAAUUCUCAAAAGAAAAAAAAACACCAUAAGUUAUCUCAUUGCAGGUGCGUGUAUUUUCCUUGCUUGGAAGUUAAGAGAAGAUUUUGAACUCUUGAAAAAAUCAAGAAAAUUAUAUGAUAUACCCAAAGUUAUUUUUAAACUGUUAAACUAUUUUUAUAAAAAAAAAAAACUCAAAAAAAAAAUACACUCUAUCGAAUUAGAUAUAAUAACAAAUUAUAAAAUUAACCAUACCUUUUAUAAUACUCAAUUAUUUAAUCACAACACAUUUUCUUCUUUUAUGGAACAUAUGAAAAAAGAAGAUACUUACAUAGAUACAAAAAAAGAAUCGAAAAACAGAAAACAAUCCAAUUGUUCACAAAUUAAUAAUAAUCUAAAUAAUGGACAAAAAAAUAAAUCCAUAUAUAACGAUCUACAAGAAUUGAAUAAUAUAAUUCAAGAAGGAUAUAUAUCGGAUAUAAAUAACAUAAAUCAUGUCAGUGAUUGUUUUAGCUCAUAUUUAUCAGAAUGUAACAGCAGUGACGUUUCGGAAUAUGACCAAAUGAAACCUGAACAGGACGAACCAAUAAAUAUACAAUCUGAUGUAAAAGAUGAAAAUGGUAAAAUGGGGAGUCAGCAUUGUGAUGUAAAAAGAGAAAAUAUUAAAAUAGAACGUGAAAUAAAUGGUGAUUUACAUGUACAAAAUGGAACAUUACAUGAACAAAAUGGUGAUUUACAUGAACAAAAUGGUGAUUUACAUGAACAAAAUGGUGAUUUACAUGAACAAAAUGGAACAUUACAUGAACAAAAUGGAAAAUUACAUGACCAAAAUGGAAAAUUACAUGACCAAAAUGGAACAUUACAUGAACAAAAUGGUGAUUUACAUGACCAAAAUGGUGAUUUACAUGACCAAAAUGGUGAUUUACACGAAAAAAAUAGCUUGACAGAGAAUAUCAAAAAAUUUAAAAAAUUAUGUAAAGAGCACAAAAAGAAUAUAUACGUCUCUUCUUCGAAGUGGGUAUUAAACAAUUCGGGUCAGAAGUUACAGUUGAUGCAGAAGAUAAUAAUAUAUUAUGAAGGAGAAAUAUUAAAGAGUUUUAAUUAUCACAUAAAGCCCAAAAUGUUAUUUUUUGAAUUAUUACCAUCAUAUAUAAAUAAAUUUGUGUAUACAAUGAAAGGAUAUAUCGAAUUGGAUCAGGUGGUAUAUUUAGAAAAGUUAUGUUUAUUAACAAUAUUAGAUAUAUACAAAACUCCCUUAUGUGUAAUAUUUACUCCGAAGGAAAUAUUGAUAACGUGUAUCUUAAAGGCAUAUAUAUCAUUAAAAUUACUGAGUAAUCAGUUACAUAUUCGUUCUUUGUCCUUUCAAGACUUUGAGGAUAAAAUCAAUUCCUUCAUACAAUCAGUUUGUUGUGACGACCCAAUCAA